GUGCAGAGGCGCGCAUCAGCUGCUGUGUGUGCGGAGUAUAAGAGAAAGCUGCGAGUCACCGGGUCACAUAAAAAGUAACGCUGUCUCUGCUGGCACACCGAGACUGAAACCCAGGGAAAACCGCGCUGUCAGCAGCCUGCUUCUCACCUAACAGAAGGCUGUCACCGAGCUUAUUGCUUCUCCAGCCUCUGUAUGACAGAUAUAUAAGCCAGCUGGCACUGUCACAGUCCCCAAGGAAACAGUCCGGGCAAGUACUUAGACUGAGCACUGUGUGAGGCGCCUUUGGAACCUAAGUUGUGCCCCGCCAGCACUGCUGUCCCUGAAGGGACUGUCGGCAGACCAACACUUGUGUGCUGCAGAGGAGAGUGGCACCUCUUCUCCUAACCCUUCUCUGACAGGACUGGCGAUUGGAUUUUUGGUGGAGGCUACUAGAAAAUCUCCCCGUUUGGAUUGUCUGUACGGGACUGGGUUGCUGCCGGUUAGUGGAUCAGUGGAUUCGCCUCCUGUGGAUUUAAAAGGACCGAGGUGCAGAAUGAGCCCCCUGAUACCAGCCUACAGCCCUUUGCUCCUUCUCAGCUUCGCCGUGUUCUCUGCUAACGCCAGUAAUUGGCUGUACUUGGCCAAACUAUCAUCAGUGGGGAGCAUUUCUGAAGAAGAAACUUGUGACAAGCUGAAAGGGUUAAUUCAGCGACAGGUUCAGAUCUGUAAACGAAAUGUAGAGGUGAUGGAUUCUGUGAGGAGGGGAGCACAGCUAGCAAUUGAGGAAUGCCAAUAUCAGUUUCGCAACCGUCGAUGGAACUGCUCCACACUUGACACCCUCCCUGUCUUUGGGAAAGUUGUUUCACAAGGAACUAGGGAAGCAGCUUUUGUCUAUGCAUUAUCAUCAGCAAGUGUGGCAUUUGCAGUGACACGGGCCUGCAGCAGUGGAGAGCUAGAAAAGUGUGGAUGUGACCGGACAGUUCAUGGCGUUAGUCCAGAAGGAUUUCAGUGGUCUGGAUGUUCUGACAAUAUAGCUUACGGAGUCGCUUUCUCACAGUCGUUUGUUGAUGUAAGGGAGAGAAGUAAAGGUGCAUCAUCCAGCAGAGCCCUGAUGAACCUCCACAACAACGAAGCUGGAAGGAAGGCCAUCCUAAACAAUAUGAGAGUUGAAUGUAAGUGUCAUGGCGUCUCAGGCUCGUGUGAAGUCAAAACCUGCUGGAAGGCCAUGCCGCCUUUUAGGAAAGUUGGAAAUGUCUUAAAGGAGAAGUUUGAUGGGGCUACAGAAGUUGAGCAGAAGAAAGUCGGCUCUACAAAAGUAUUAGUCCCCAAAAAUGCACAGUUCAAACCUCACACUGAUGAAGAUUUGGUGUAUCUAGAUUCUAGCCCAGAUUUCUGUGAACAUGACUUGAAGAAUGGAGUUCUAGGUACUGCAGGGCGUCAAUGCAACAAAACCUCAAAAGCAAUUGAUGGAUGUGAGCUGAUGUGUUGUGGCAGAGGCUUCCACACAGAGGAGGUUGAAGUAGUCGAAAGGUGUAGCUGUAAAUUCCACUGGUGCUGUUUUGUGAAGUGUAAACAGUGUCGCAAACUAGUGGAAAUGCAUACAUGCCGGUGAUCAGAAGGACGCAGACAAACCUGACAUUUGUCAUUAUCCUUCCCUUCCUUCUUUGGAACAGGAUUGUAGGAGCACUGGAGAUCAAAAGAAUGUUGUUUUUUUUUAAAUAAGAAGAAAUAAGAGAUGUAAAGAAAAGAGAAGAUUAUUUAAUGUCCCAAAGGCUCCUUGUUUUAUUUUCUUUUUUAUUUAUUACUGAAUAGCAGUGAUUCUCAUGCACAGCUCAUAGGAACUGUACCAGAUGGAACUUAGCUCUCAUAUGAUGCUGCUUACUAGACAAAAACUGAGGACGGACCUCUACCACCUUUUAAGGUACACUAUGACUGUUAUUCUGGAGACUUGAAUGGUAUCCAAGUCGCACUAUGGGCCAAAACACGUACCCCAUGUGACGUACAUUGCUCUUACCACAAAAGACUACCCCAUUUUGUUAAAUUUUUCAUCUGUAUUUUCCACCAUUAAUGCUAACACAAAUGGUACACUACUAUAUAGAGCUUCUGACAAUAACAUAUUACAGACGUGAAGUACAGUAGUGUUAAUCUUGAGAUUAAAAUGCUUUGCAAGCAUGAACCUGAGGUCAUAUAGUUUCCAGGCUGAUGGCCAGAGGCAGCGGAAGAGAAAUAUGGGCUUGAUAUGUACUACUGUCAUAUUGUGAAUGGUUACAUCAUUCAUGCUGUUGGCUUGAUUAGGUCAGCUGUUUGCACUGUGAGUUCUUCCAGAAUUUUACCUUCUCACAAGGACUACCAGUCAGUCACACACACACAUAUGCACACAAACUGGGUAUUGCAAAAGAAGCCCAUGUCUGUUAUGCUGCAUGUUGUCGUGACUGCUUGUCAUACAAGUGUGAGCGCGAGACUUUGACUAGUGCAUGUCACACGGAUAGCACUGUAGCUUAGUAAUUAUGUUAAUGAGCUGAAACUCAUGACACUCUCUGCAGGCAUGACUUGGAGUCCUUCAAGCUCUACUUUCAAACUGUAAGUCUGAGACACUUGAGUAUCCCCAAACUCCUGGAUCACUCAUGAACACAGACACUUGUGUGUAGUGGGUAUGGAGGUAGUUAAAUGUAAAGAUAACCAAAUAAGUAAAUGCACUGUUGUCAUUCCUGUUUGUCAAUAUCACCAGUUAUCAAGAGUGCAAUGAACCCUUUGCUUCAUUUUAGAAUACGUGGUACUCUCGGAAAGUAUGUACAGUGUUCUUUGUGCUCUGUAUAAUAUGAUGGGACAAGGCAUCUUUUUUUUGUUUUUCUGUGAUGAGCUGAAUGAUGUCAGCAUGUCUUAUAUGGGCAAUACUAAGAUUACACAUAUAUUUGAAAAUGAACCUGCCAUCAGUUUGAUUGCUAAAUUGUUCCAGUGCUUACUGCGUGAUUUUCAUACUUCACACUGUGGGUGGGUCACACUGUGGGUGGGUGGGUAUUACUCCUUAUGGUUACCUGCUGAAGGCCAUCUGUGUGGCAUGCACAUUGGUUGUAUGGACAUGAAAUGUUGGCUGUGCUGGCGAGUGUUCUUUGUACGUUAAGCUGUGACUGGGUGUGAUGGAUAAAUCUGUCUGUAAUUGCUGUUUACAGAAUUCACUCUGCCUUGUAUCUACAGUCUAAGAGUUUUGCUGCAGUUUAAUAGAUGGUAACUUGACACACCACUCACUCAGAAGGAUUUUCCAUAGGGUCUAAAAUUCUGGGGCUGUUACUUCCUCAAAAAUCUAGCGCAUAAUAGAAGUAACAAAAAUGUGCUUGUGUCCUUGCAUUUCUCUUUAGGUGUUUUGCCAUAUGUAAGUGUAAAAAAAAGUUACCAAAUAUUCUUGCACUAAAUAAGGAAAAGGACAGAAAUAUGUAUUUUAAGUUUUAGUUGUAUACAGAUGCAUUAUGUUAGCUAGUUUCUUUGCUACAGUGCAUAAAUAAGCAAAAUGUCUGCACAACCUGAAUGCAUGAUUUGCUUUUUUACUCGGUAGCAAUGGAAUACAGCUAUCCAAGAUAUGGAAGCUGUCAUCAAACCAUAGAAAUGAAACUCUCGAAUGUUGGAAAUAGAUGCUGAAGUUUAAAUACUACUAAGAAACAUAGAUACACAAAAUCUCUUUGUAUAGGUUGGGACAGCACUUUCACCAUGUAGCUCUGAUUGCUUCUAUGACUUAAAACAAUGAUCGUUUCUUGUAAAGGGUGGCAGAUGCGAAACAUAGAAGAAGAGGAAGAAACAUGCAGAUGAUCACCAGACCUACUGGAAGCCUUAUUCAAACUGAUAACAUUAUUUAAUGGUUUCUUUUCUUAUUUUUUAAGGACUAUAAUGUUUACUCCAGGUGAAUGAGUCCUGUAGCUAUGGCUAACAUGAAAUAAAUCCUACCAUCUAUGUUCAUGGGAAACAUUUUUACAAACAGUGAUGAGACAUAUUUGCCUUCAUGUUAGUAUCACUUGUUUGAAACACUAUGCCUGGUCCUUGCUCACCCCUUGGUUUGUUAUUACUGUUACAUAUGUCCAUUCAUUUGGCACCCUGUUAUCAAAGCACUUGGAAAUGAAUGUAACCUUAACCAGCCAGUACAUGCAUUUCUGCAUAGUCAUUCUGUAUGGAGAUUGUUACCACAGUUAUUGGUGAUAUGAAUGUUGUACAGUACCUUUAUCAUGAUUCAUAUUAAGGCCCUGAAGUUAAUUUGUGUAUAUAAUAUGCAAAUGUAUAUUUUUUUAAUAGUAGCACUUGCAAAGUUACUAGAAUAGCAUUGCUGGUGCUUUGAUGUAUCUGUUAUGUGACAUAGUACCAUAUAUCAACUAAAACAGUAAUUACCACGUGACACUUAUUAAAUGUAAACCACUUGGCUUAAACCCUGUGUACAACUAAUACCAGUCUCAUAAAUUGUUUUAUACUUUUA